AUUCCAUGUCAGUCGUAAGUCAGCAGUGGAACGAACGUCACGUACAUUUUUUUUGUUCUUUGUAUUCGUUUUUAUGUUGUGUUUUCAUUUCGUACCAGUAUUUGUGAGUCGUCAAUAUUAACGAGAAAAAAUAAUCAAAAGACAAUCUCUGAUUCAUGUGUCAAUUGGUGUGAAUUUUCAAAAGAAAAAAUUAGAAAAUACUUAAGACGGUUGAACAUUGAAAAACAAUUGCAAUUAGGUGCACAUGCGCCACAUAAAAAAGAACACCGAGUUAGAACUUUUGCAUGAAUUUUUCCGGAUUUGUUUCUUCCACAUAGAAAGACUGUGUGUCUUUGGACGUUGAAGGUUUUUGUGGAUUGAAUUUUCUCUUGUGUAUUUGCUAAAACGUUCAACGUUUUUCGCUCCGUUGUCAUCGUCAUCAUCGUCGGUGUGCAUUGUAGUUGUGAACCACCCGACACCGAUUGAUUGUCAAACGAAAAGGAAAAGUGCACUUCGACCGACCAAUUUCACUUUUCCUUGACAACAAUCUUGAAAGAUGUGAAAACAGAAAAAAACUUGUCCUAUUCACUAAAUGUUCUCUUGUCCUCACUCUCGAUACACAAACCGAAUGCAGUGUGAAUGCGGAACUAUUUAAGACCAAACACCAAAUCGAUUGUUUGUUUAUUUUCGAUUGAUUGAAAGUGACUAAUCUACAUUAAACUUUGAUUCGAUUCGAACUUUGAUAAAAUUACACAUUUCAUAUGAUUUAUACUUUAUGGACUGCGGUCACGUGAUUCGAACUCAAAAUACCAACAACACAAGUCAUUCUUAUCAGAAGCAGUAAAAAUUAAUUUAUUUCUUCUUACUCAGUUUCGCGUGUGUGCUGAUUAAGUAACUGAUUUCAUUCUGGAGAAUAUUGGUUAUAUAUAGCCUGUGCGUGUGUUAUAGAAAGUUUUCUGUGCAUUCGUUGUGUGUUAUCAUUGAAAUUGUUGGGUAUUUUACUCAAAACCCAAUUCAUUCAGCUGACAAAAUUCUGAAUUUAUCACCAACUUCUAUUUAAAGGUGAAGAUAAGAUCGGUUAAAAGAGCUGCUGAGUGCAGUGAGCGUUAUGCGAAGUGCAACGUGAAUAAUAUGUCAUCGUUAGCCAUCAUCUGGGCAGCAAUCAACAAGCAACAGCCAGUGACUGCAAGCAAUAUUUCAUGGGUUUUUAUCUCGUAAAGUUCUACGAAUUAAGUAAGAAGACGAUCGAAAGCGAGCAACCAAACCAUAAAAUUACAUCGUGUUUCAUCUUGAAAAACGACAGUAAAUUUGCGGCCAACAGCAAACGUUGCAGUUCAUAAUAACAAUAUUUUUAUUUAAUACCGAAUCAUCGGGACGAACGAUCCCCGAAGAAACAGAGAAAGAGGAGAUAACAAUCGAAAAGAAGACGACAAGAAUUUUUACCUGUAUUGCACCUGAACUGGCGCUUACGCAAAAAAAAAACAAACCAGACACGCAUCGAUUCGACGAACAUUAUGAACAACUAGUAAAGAAAAAAAAAACGAAAAUUAAUCAAACCAGUCGAUCGUAUGGUUGUUGUGAACGUAAAAAUCUGUCAGUUUUGGUUAUGCUAACCGAAAACACAAAACACUGAAUCAAAAACCAUCCAACAAAAAUCGAAACGUCAUCAUUACGAAUGCCAUAUAUGGUAAGAAUCUGUCCAGAGAACCGUGUACAAAUUACCUGAAAUACAGAGCGAUCGCUAUUUUUUUUUUUUUUGGAAGGCACAGCCUCCAAAAGCGUACACGUGCAAAAGUCACACAUAAAAUCCAAUUCUAAAAAUAGCCGAACCAAAAGAAACCGUCAAAAUGGCAACCGUCCUCUUGGAAGCGCGAUCAUAUCGUCCAUUCAAAUCGAGCGAAGAGUAUUUAUACGCGAUGCGUGAAGAUUUAGCCGAAUGGAUGAACACCAUGUAUCCAGAACUGCGAAUCAAUGUGGACAAUUUUAUGGACCGACUUGAUACAGGCGUCGCAUUAUGCAAGCACGCAAACUAUGUUCGAACCGCAGCAGAGGAAUACUUGGCCAGACGGCAAGCACGCAAUAAAUCAAUGACGAAAUCGAUGACAUCAGGCUUGGCCGGUCCAAUUCUCGCCAUGGGAAACGUACACUUUUUACCGGCCGCCAAAAGCGGAACCUUCUUCGCACGAGACAAUGUAUCCAAUUUUAUCUCAUGGUGCAGAAAAAGCUUGCAAAUAUUUGAGUGCCUAUUAUUCGAGACGGAUGACUUAAUCAUGCGGAAGAAUGAAAAACAUGUGAUAUUAUGCCUACUGGAAGUUGCCCGACGUGGUGCUAAAUUUGGAAUGUUGGCACCGAUGCUUGUGCAAAUGGAGCGUCAAAUUGAUCGAGAAAUUGCUGCUGAUAAUAAAGCGAACGGCGUUGCAUUCGGUACACAGACCGAAGACGAUGCCAAGCAAACGACAUCAACCAGCACCGACACAGAGAAUGGACUUUUCGACACCGAUUCCGAUGAUGAAGAUACCGAAGAGCCGAUGCUCAUGUACGGACCACAACCACAAAUCAUCACCAAUGAUUUGAAGAGCCUCGACGAAAUGGUUCGUGAUUUAGUGGAGAAAUGUACGUGUCCAUCGCAAUUUCCCAUGGUUCGAGUAUCAGAGGGCAAAUAUCGUAUUGGCGACACAAAAGUGCUGAUUUUCGUCCGUAUUUUACGGUCACAUGUAAUGGUUCGUGUGGGAGGUGGUUGGGAUACGUUGUCGCACUAUUUGGACAAGCACGAUCCGUGCCGAUGCCGUGCCCAGCACCGUUCAUCAGUUGCCGCUCGUAUUAUAACGCGUACGAAUCAGGCAACAAACGGCAUUGAAUUGCACAAGGCUCAAGUCUUCUUCGAAAGAUCGCCUCCAUCGGCGCGCAAGUCAUUAAAUAACAGCAAUUCUGGAGCCACGAGCAGAGUAACAUCACCAACAACAGCCAAUACAAGCUCACUCUCGCCACAGUCUGGCCAAGCGGCAAGAAAUCGAAGCCGAAGCCCAACACCACAUGCAUCACAGAAGAACAAUUCACCUUCAACUACCGAACAGUUACAGUCAACGGAUAAGAAUUUAUUGGCAUCACCAAAUUUGCAACGGCGUUCAAUGUCACCAAGCCCUCGUCGAUUGGGCGACCUAAAGAGCAAGAAACAAACUUCAUUCGAUUUAAAUGUUGGUACAGCAACAACAGCUCCACCAGCUGCUACCACCGAAACGGACACAUCGAAAUUGAACGAAACGAAUGGCACCGCUAAUGGAACAACCGAUAAUGGCGGCAAAUUUGAAAACAUUAGCGACAACGGCAGCGAAAUUAGCGACGAAGGAUAUCGAAGCUUGGGCCUCAUUCAACAGGCCAACAAUAAUCAGUCGAAAAGGACAUCGUUGCAUAGCCAAACAUCAAUUGAAGACGUUAAAACGGAUGACGCAAAAACUAAUGUGCGUCUCGAUCAAACUUCAAGCGAUUCACAAUGUUCGCCAACGGAUGAACUCAGUUCGAAGGGAACAGCGGCCGAUUUAAUUGAAACAAUUGAAUCGAGUCCUGUUGAUACGCCCGAUGCAACAUUGAACACCGAAGUAGAUGCAAAGCCAUUCGAAGAGGCCGGAGUAUUCAUAACCGAUGAUGAUAUCACCGUUGAUGUGUCGAACACCACUGGGCUGCGAAAAACUGGAUAUUCCGAUGAUUUAUACAGUGACAGUCUGAUGAAAAAGACAUUCAGCAAAAUUCCCCGCUCGCCAAUGCCCCGUCGCAAGAGCAUUGACAGUUGCUCAGUCAAUAGUGACAACGCAUCGAACAGCACCGGACUACCGAUAUUGUCACGAAAAAUGCCAGUUUACCGUUCGGUACGUAAGUCCUCGUCACCGAAUAUUGAAGUGACUACUUCAAGCCAAGCCACAACUUCGCCGAAAAAAGACAUUGGUACUUGGAAUGGUCGUGCAGCGGCUGGUGCCGCAAAUAAGAAACGACCAACAGUUGGUACCGAAUUAUUUACACCAAUUUCAAGUAAAAAUAGUGGAAGUACAUCGAAUUUAAGUCAAAAAGGAACAACUCCGUUCCAACGGAAUUCCGAAAAUCGUGCGUCAAGGUGUCAGUACGAUCAAAAUGGUCGUCGUAUUGUUAAAUCGACAAAUACAUCACCAGUGAAACAGAGUACAUCACCACUUGCUCAACAGAUUUUGGAAGCGGCCGAAAGUGCAAAGAAUGAUGCUCAUAUGUUGGAGAAAAUGAAGCUACUGCUAAGCAAGUAUACAGUGAAUAAAACCGGCAGUAAAUCAAGUGGUUCGUCGAAUCGUAGCCGUUCAACCGCAACACCGUCACCGGUCAAGAACAAAGACGAAUUUGAAGAUUUUACCACGGCUUGGGUGAAUUCCAAUGGAUCGCUAGAUCGUACCAGCAAUUGUUGUACACCAGUCAAAGCGCACUCAAAACGCAGUUCGGCCGCCUCAUCAUGUGACAGUACGGCGUAUGGUAAAGGCGAUAUCCUAGUGUCGGCUCGUCGUGACCGAGGCAUUUCACGCAUUCCGGCACCAAUCCGACAAAACACUGAGCUUUAUUGACGCUUAAGUCAGUUUUAAGUUUACUGAAUUUCCAAUUAUCUUCGAUUCUUUUCCCGUUUUUUUUUAAAUUUUGAUUUCAUCUUUUGUUUCAUACCCUUUUUUCCGGUAGUUUUGUAAGAGUUUCUUCGUUUGAUUUGAUCUUACGUCGUUUAAGAGUAGUAUACGUUUUUUUUUAUCAUAGAACCGAUGAAAUACUGGAAAGUUUUCCUUUUUUGAAGAUUUAUUCAGCUUUAUCAAGAAUUUAUAUUAUUAUUAUUAACCAUAUUUUUUCAUAUUUUUUAUUUUUCUUUUCGUUCGUUUCGAUCGCUUAUUUAAAUGAAUAAACUGUUCGUUUCAUCACAAGAAUGAUGAUAUACAAUUCAAUCAGUAACAUUCUCGCUUGAAUGUUCAGUUCACAGUUUAGUUAGUCACAUUGGGCUAGCUAUUGCAAAAAAGCAAGCAAUAAAAAAGACAGAUUCUAUCUGAAGUAAAAAAAAAAUACUCAUUGCGCAACAUUUGAACCCUAUAUAGCCUUCCAAUCAACCACAUGAAAUCACAGAAAAUUUUCUUUGUUUUUUUCAGUGAAUAUAGAAUUCAAAACAAAUGUAUUUCACUAAUAAGAUUUUUUUAUAUAGUCUCUUUAUCAUUGAAGAAUGGAAUUCGAGAAAUAUUUUUGUAGAAAUGCAAUUAGGUAUUUUAGCGUCUAUAGAAAUGUAGCUUAGGUCAAAAGCUAAACUAGCAAACAACUAAACUGUUUGCAAAUGAGAGAAUCUUUAAAUGCACUCUUUUCAUGGAACAACACAACAACAUUUAUUCGUCAUUCUUCACAUAUAUAUAUGUUGAAUGGUAGAAGAAACAUCGUUCGAAAUGUUCGCGUUUCUGAAACACUAGACUUUUAUAUGUCACAAACUAUAUACGUAUUAAUUUUUAGACGAAAAAAAGAGCCUAUAUCGAGCCUUUAACCAUCUCUUUCUCUAUCUCUAUCUAUCUGAAUCUCUUCGGUAGUCGAUUAAUCGAUAGAAAUAAAACUUUUCAUAAAGUUACAUAAUUGGAUAACAUCGUUAAAAUAGCAGUAAACAAGAUGUUUUGUAUCUGUGUGUUAUGUUGUCAAUGCCGAUGAAGAGUGCAAAGGUAAAGCACACUUGUUUUGUUAUAACCGCGAGCACGAUGCAACCAAAGAUCACAAUGAUUUUUUUAUCGGUUCCGUGGCGUGCCUGCGGUGUGUGUUCGAGUGCAUCGUUUUUUUUUUUCGUUCUUCGUUCCAUCUUUUAAAACAUAUCAUUUGACUUGGCCGCAUCGUGUGCGAUUCACAUACUUUUUCGUAUUUUUAUGUGAAACACGUUCAUUUUACGUUCUCGCAACUUCUUAUUUUUUAUCUUUUCGAUAUUUCUCUUCAAUUGACAUGGAUAUAUUUAUGUAAUAUUGCUACUGAUGUAUUUUUGACACACAACCACUAAAGGCACACUAUCGCCGUCAUGUUGGACUUGGAAACAAAAACCAAACAUGUUUAUUAUGAACAUGAACAAUUACACUGUUUUUUUUAUGUCUUCAAUCACAAUAAAAAGAUACAACGUUUUGUUUCGUACUGCAUUGGAGGAUUGAACGAGAUUCACAGAUAAAAAAUUGAAAUAAACUUUAUUUCUGGACCAAGAAGAGUAAAUGCCGAUGUAUUGAGAUGAUUGGACAAUCAGAUUUUGACUUUGGUUUAAUGACGUUAUAUAUUUGGCGAAAAAAAAGCCAGACGAUGGUUAAUAUCGCUUAAAAAUCAAAUUGGUGCUGAAAAUUUUGAUAAUUUCGAGCGUAGGAAACGAAAUGCAAAACUAGACAGAUUGAGAAGCAAUUUCAAUCUUCGUGAAGCUAUUCAUUUCUGUAUUUGCAUGAAUGUUUCCUGGGUUUUGCUUGGUGAGGUGCAUGUUGUGGCCUCACCCAAACUAAAAAUUUAAAUUAAAGAAAAUCAAAAGCAUGUAGAGUUAUACUUUUGUUAAUUGUUAACAAAACUGAAGUGAAGGCUUAUUCCCGUCUUUAUUUCCGAAUCAUUUUUUAUUCUAUUUAGUUGAAAGAGUCUAUAGCGUUUUGUAGGAGGAUCUGAUUGAGAUAUGAAUCACGCAUAGGAUUAUGGAAAUGUUUUUACUAUUGAUUAAAACUGGAAUGUUAAAAAAAAGACUAAUAAGAUAUUGUUAGUGGUGUUGUAGGCUAGACCAGAAUCAAGCAAUUGAAAAUGUUUCAAUUUUUUUUUAAAUCAAAAUUUUAAUUGAAAAACGACUGAAAAAAAUUGUGACCAUUUUUUUGAAAUUCGAAAAAAAAAGUGCAAUAGAAAAUCCGAUAAAACCAAACUUGAAGUGAAAAAAUAUAAACUCAAAUACUUUCCUAAGCAAACAACAAAUUGGCGAUAACCCGAUAAUUUUUCUACAAGAAAUAGAAUUUAACCUGGACCGAUUAAAAUUCUUUAAUACUUUUACGUUUAAAACAAUUUCAAUUAGAGUUUAAGUUCUUAACGGUGAAACCAACUGUCUGGUUGUACUUUCAAUAUAUAUACUUUAUUUAACGUUUUCAUUUAAGCUACGAAAAAAAAACUAUAAUUUAUGUUAAUGGAAUUUAUCCCGAGCAGCAAGCAACACAAUAUUUCAUGUAAUAAUCACUUGAUGGGUCAUGAAUAAAAACAAACAUAUUUAACCACAGCCAAA